AUGACUGAUGAGGAGUUUGAGGAGCUGUUGAACGUGGUAACCAGGAUGGAAGAUGGCACUUCCCAGAUGGCUGAGGGUGAUCCAAAGGCAGAACGGCUGAAGCCAAAGAGAGUAUUGCAAAGAUGCCUCGGGAAAUGGACAUCCAACAUGGCAGGAGCAAACACGGCAGCAAGUGCAUUGGAAAUCUCUAGUGAAGAACACAGGGCUACUCCUACAAAACCUGGGGAGGAAUCCUUGUCGGCUACCAACUUGAAAGAUGCCUCGACAGCAACCGAGGUGGUCUCACCCACGCCGAGUGACCAGAGGGAAGAAACUGACACGAUGGUUGAGGGUCUGGACCUCGCAUCGGAGUCAGUAGGGCACCCAGAGCCAAGAGAUGACAAUACCCAGUCUACUACCCAGAAGGAGCCUUCAACACCAACAGAGGAGAGACCGGAGGAAAAUGAAGACGGAGAUGAGGACAGAUACCGCAAGAAGAGGAAAAGGAAGGGGAAAGCCCAUGUUAAGAAGAAACCAAGCAGUAAGAAGCAACGCACGGUCAACACCGGCAUCGCCAUCACAGAGUCAGAUCAGAGAGCCCCACCGCGCCGAAAGGAGCCGAGUGACAGUGAGUAUACCGCAAGUGAAGAAUCGAGGUCAGAAAGCGACGUAUCCCUAGAGGACGAGGAGUAUGGGGAGAAGCAGCUCCCACACAACCAUCGAGAGUUGAUGCAUCCUCCCGUGAAAAGAUUGAAGUACCAGCGUCGGAAGGUAGAGCUCACUGACGAGCUAAUAGAAGACAUGAAGCACUUCAGCACUAAAAGCUUCAGGAUGCGUUUGAUGACAAUGAUGACAACAAGCAAAUUAAGAGUGGGAAGGUACUCUUUUUCCCAGCACUUGAUGAAUUGA